GGGCGCAGGAGGAAGAAGGAGGACUCCGGGGCGCCGGGCCGGAAGGCAACUGGCAGCAGGCCCAGGCGAGCGGGCGCCCGCGUCGCGUUCAUGUUCCGCCAGGAGCAGCCGCUGGCCGAGGGCAGCUUUGCGCCCAUGGGCUCCCUGAAGCCGGACUCGGGCAACGCGAGCUGGAACGAGAGCGAGGCCCCGGGGGGCGGCGCCCGGGCCACCCCGUACUCCCUGCAGGUGACGCUCACGCUGGUGUGCCUGGCCGGCCUGCUCAUGCUGCUCACCGUGUUCGGCAACGUGCUCGUCAUCAUCGCCGUGUUCACCAGCCGCGCGCUCAAGGCUCCCCAGAACCUCUUCCUGGUGUCCCUGGCCUCCGCGGACAUCCUGGUGGCCACGCUCGUCAUUCCCUUCUCGCUGGCCAACGAGGUGAUGGGCUACUGGUACUUUGGCAAAGUGUGGUGCGAGAUCUACCUGGCGCUGGACGUCCUCUUCUGCACGUCGUCCAUCGUGCAUCUGUGCGCCAUCAGCCUGGACCGCUACUGGUCCAUCACCCAGGCCAUCGAGUACAACCUGAAGCGCACGCCGCGCCGCAUCAAGGCCAUCAUCGUCACCGUCUGGGUCAUCUCGGCCGUCAUCUCCUUCCCGCCGCUCAUCUCCUUCGAGAAGAAGCCGGACGCCCAGUCGAGCGAGCCCCGCUGCAAGAUCAACGACCAGAAGUGGUAUGUCAUCUCGUCCUGCAUCGGCUCCUUCUUCGCGCCCUGCCUCAUCAUGAUCCUGGUCUACGUGCGCAUCUACCAGAUCGCCAAGCGCCGCACCCGCGUGCCGCCCAGCCGCCGGGGCCCCGACGCCACCGCCGCCGCCGCCGCCCUGCCGCCCGGGGGCGCCGAGCGCAGGCCCAACGGCCUGGGCCCCGAGCGCGGCGCGGACCCCGCGGGCGCCGAGGCCGAGCCGCUGCCCACCCAGCUCAACGGCGCCCCGGGGGACCUCGCGCCCGCCGGGCCGCGCGACGCCGCCGCCACCACCGCCGAGGCGCUGGACCUGGAGGAGAGCUCGUCGUCCGAGCACGCCGAGCGGCCCCCGGGACCCCGCAGACCCGAGCGUGGCGGCUCCCGGGCCAAGGGCAAGACCCGGGCCGGCCAGGUGAAGCCUGGGGACAGCCUGCCGCGGCGCCCGACAGCCGCCGGGGCGACGGGGCCCGGGGUUCCCGGGGCCGGGCCGGGGGAGGAGCGCGGCGGGGGCGCCAAGGCUUCGCGCUGGCGCGGGCGGCAGAACCGCGAGAAGCGCUUCACGUUCGUGCUGGCCGUGGUCAUCGGCGUGUUCGUGGUGUGCUGGUUCCCCUUCUUCUUCACCUACACGCUCACGGCGGUCGGCUGCGCCGUGCCCGGCACGCUCUUCAAUUUCUUCUUCUGGUUCGGCUACUGCAACAGCUCGCUGAACCCGGUCAUCUACACCAUUUUCAACCACGACUUCCGCCGAGCCUUCAAGAAGAUCCUCUGCAGGGGGGACAGAAAGCGGAUCGUGUGAGCCUGCCACGCGCGCACGCCUGCGCGCGCGCGCGGGCCUGGCUCACGGACUCCUGCAGGUGGCGGGCCUGGGGCGCGGAGGGAGGCGGCGGCCGGCCGUGCGCGCAGCCCCGGCCCCACUCCCAACCCAGGACCUGGCCUGGACGGUGGCGGUGCUCAGCGUGCUUCUGAGAGCUCCCACAAGGGAAUGGUUGUUAUGGUCGUUCAUGACCGGGGAGCCAUUUUCCUGGUGGGCCCACCCCUUAACAGUAUUGUUUGCUUAAAGGUAUUUCCCACCCUGGUCCCUCCUUCGAGAGGGAGGGGUUGCGGGGGGGGGGCAAUGUCUCCUUUCCCCAUUCAAUUCAGCCAACUCCACCGCUCAGGGCAGCCCUGCCCUCCCUUCCCCACCCUCAGCUGUACAUAGACACACACUGUUUUUGGACAGCACACCCUGGACCCUCCCAGCGUUUACAUGGCCUGCGCUGUGAAGUUGGAAUCCUUUUCUGGGAAGGACCAGGGGCCUGAUCAGGAGACGCAAGCUCUUUUCUAGUAUGACAAUACCCCCUCUGGUGAGGACAGUUCCUUGGACACAAACCUGCUUUGAGAUUUCCUGACACGGAAAAAGAUUUCUGUCCUUUUUUUUCCCUUCCCCCCACCUGUGCCUAACAGCAUAAUUGCCUUGUCCUAUGUAAAUACUUCAGCGAUGGCCCAAGACAGAAGUCAAUGAACCUUUCCGCCUUGCAUCAGUCCUGUGUAUAAAGCCAUUAUCCUCUGAGGCACCGUUUGCCCCAGUAACUCACUUAAAAACUCGUUCUUUCCGGUGCCCCUCCCUGUCUUAGGGGCCGCUGCUUGAAGAAGACUCUGUAUGUUUCUGUCCUGUAUGUGUGUGCCCCUCCCCCUCCCCCCAGCCUCCAAAGCCCUGACUAAGGGGAAAUCGUUGAGCUGCUGUUUUUAGACACAGAGGAGUGGAAAUUAGGUGGAAGCAACAGACCCAAUACAAUUUGCCCAAGGUAAACAGUUUGAAAAGACAAAUGAGCCUGCCAAACUGUCCAGCUCCAAGCCCCAAGAGCUCUUAGGUAUCAAAGUAUUGCCCACCCUCUCCCCCCCCCCCCCCCUUGCUUUUCUGGCUGAGAACACAUCACUAAUGAACGGCCAAAGCCAGGGGCGAAGCUGGAGACCUUGUGUUUACAACCCGGUUUCUACGUGUUCUGGACAGAGACAGUGGGAGUCCAGCACUCUGAUUUCACUCAAGAAAAAGUAAUGUCAGCACAUGCUGCUCACGACAGUGGAUUUUUUUUUUAAAAAAAAUAAAGUUUACAGAUCAAAUGUGAAAUAAAUAUGAAUUAAGUGGUC